UUCGCCAGAAGCGGAAUUCGAAGUAUCAGCGAGCGCCGAGCAGCGAGCAGCGAGUCCGCGACGAGAGCGCUGGCAAGUGGCAACAGAAACGUGUACGGCGAAGUGCGGUCGACUCGUCGAUUCGCAGCUGUCCAACCGCGUUUGACAAUUUUAAAGUUUUACUCGAAACGCGUGUGUAAAUAAACAAAUUGUCUUAUUACUUUUCGUUAAGAAAAUGAAGUGAAACAAAUGUUUGUUUAUCAACCGUGCAUAAUAUAAAGUGGAGCUUCGUUAGUUCGAGCCUUCGAAACCUUAACCGCUUCUCGCAAUGACAAGGGAGAGCAUUCAGUUACCUUUUGAGAAAACGGAGGCAUUUAAAAUGGUUUAAGUCGACGCUUUUAUAACGUAUAAGUGAAUUCGUUCAGUAUAAGGACUACUGUGUUUCGUUUUGUGACAAUUUGGAGUUCUUUUCGAGUCGGUCGUUAGUCGCGACGCAUUGAAAAUGAGUGUUUUGAGUGGUUUGAGCAAGGCUGACUUCAAAACGGCGAGUGAUGGGCUGUUGGAGCUCUCUGAGGAGCGACUCCGCAGCAUCAUGCGCACGGAGCCGAUCACAGACGUCUAUCACGUCGAACAGACACCCUUUGCAAGGGGCAAGUUCGCAUCAGUCCGCAAAAUCCGCCACCUGGUCUCCGGCGAGGAGUACGCGGCAAAGUUCAUCCGCAAACGGAGACGCGCGGCGGACACCACGCGAGAGAUCCAACACGAGGUUGCCGUGCUUGCCCUCUGUGCUGAUAGCGCGCGGGUCGUGAGUUUACAUGAGGUAUAUGAAACACGUUCAGAAGUUGCCAUAGUGCUGGAGCUGUGUGCGGGAGGGGAGCUGCAGAGACUUCUAGACGAGGAGGAGAGGCUGUCCGAGGGCGCGGCGCGCCGGGCGCUCCGCCACGUGCUGGAGGGGCUGGCGCACCUGCACGCGCGCAGGGUGGCGCACCUGGACCUGAAGCCACAGAACCUGUUGCUGUCCGCGGCGGGGGAGGAGCUGCUUAUAUGCGACUUUGGGAUCAGUCGGGCGAUACAGCCUGGGGCGCACGUUCGAGAAAUCUUGGGCACGAGAGACUAUGUUGCACCAGAAAUCCUCUCAUACGAGCCACUCACCCUGGCGGCGGACAUCUGGUCGGUGGGAGUGCUGGCCUACGUGCUGCUCAGCGGGUACUCCCCCUUCGCGGGCGACACCAAGCAGGAGACGUACCUGAACAUCGCGCAGUGCCAGCUGUCGUUCCCGCGCGACCUCUUCCGAGGAGUCUCGCAACGUGCCAUCCAGUUCAUCAGAGAUACCCUUGUGGUUGAUCCCAAGGGUCGUCUUACAGUGGAAGAGUGCCUGGAGCACCCCUGGUUGAAAGACGAGUCAGACAUCCCGACCGCCAUCGUCGGCGUCGGCUUCGGCGCGACCGACCUCGCGAGCGACGACGACACGUCCGACGACCUCAACGGUGUCAACGGACACCACGGACACAACGGAGUCAACGGACACAACGGCUCAGUCAACGGUGUCAACGGAGUUGGGUCGGUCAACGGCGUCAACGGUUGCACAAACGUCAACGGAGUGAGCGUCCACAGUGUCAACGGAGUGAAUGGAGUCAACGGACACAACAGCGUCAGUGAAUGCAAUGGCACCAAUGGUGCGCACGAUGAUAAUGAAUCAGAGUCGCGCCCCGCGUCGCCCGCGCCCUCUGGGGACCGGGUGGAGAGGGAGGAGGAGGAGCGCGACAAGCCGCUAAAGCACGCGCACGCGAGAGAUGUCUCUCCCCCUUUCCCUGAUGCACCCUCCACACCCAAGGUGUCGCGCAAAUCGCACCCGCACCCGCCGUCCGUGCUGGCGCUGUGCAAGAAGUUCCAGCCCGACUACGAGAAGCCGGCCACGCUGACGCACGCGCACGCGCACGCGGACUGCGCGUGCGCGGCGCCGUGCGCGUCGCUGCGCGUGCGCGCGCCGCACGACCGCGCCGUGCUGUGCUAGCGCGCGCUGUGCUGCCUGUGGCGACGGCGCCCCUAACGGAGGACGCACGCGGACACAUGCGACGUAUCCUGGAUAUGAUACGUUGAGAUUGUUUGAUGAGAGUGGGUGAUUGUUUCUUUGUACGGAUACAUACGGUGCUUAGUAUAAUAUUUUACCAAACGUUUGAACUUCGAAACACUUCAACGUUAAGUAAAAUGGCCUUUAACCGCCUUGUUCUAAAGCUCAAGUUCGUCCCAUACGUUUAAAGCCAGCGCUACGAGCGGAAAUAUUGUGAAAUAAAAAUCAGUGUUUUUUUUUAAAUCAAGGCUUAAAAUGAAAUGAAUGAAAUGAAAAUUUAUCAAUCAAUGAAACGUACAUUUAUUAAUCAAAAAUCUUUUACAUGCUAGUUUCAUGGAGUCCUGGCCCCAAAACUAGGACAGCUCGUAUCAUAGGGGCCAGUGCCUUCCCAUACAAAUGUUUAUAAUAAUUAAGAUUUACUAGAAUCAAAUACAAGGUUGUAAUGUAAAGUUUGAUUCUUAAGGUUCUUUUUAUUCUGCCACUAUUGUGUGUGUGUGUCUGCCAUCAAACUAGAUAUGAUACAAAGAAACAAUCUUACUCUAUUGGAUACGUGUCCGCUUCCCCUCCCAUGCUCCGUAGCGCACCGACACUCGCGAUACCACGCGUAUCUUAAGUUUAACCAACUUGAAGAAAAGAGAGAUUUAUCUCCUUAGCAGUGUCGUGUGUGAACUAUAGACUCUGGUGAUGAGAGUUAGAUAAGGCCGUAAGAUAUAUUUUGAUGCAAACUACACAAAAAUCGAACAAAUUGCGUGAUAACUUACUCACUAGAGUAAGCGUUUAGUGUCAAGAAAUAGGAAUGAUGACUAGUCAAAUCAGCGACUUUUAUUUGUGCAUACACUUAGCUAGUCUCCGUUAAGAUUUCAUGCCAUUGGUUCAGAGCAUAUUAUUAAUGCUCUUAAACAGCUAUAAAACUGAAUGUCUUCUAAAAACAAAACGCAUUUACUACCGUUUGUGUUAAGGUUCAAUUUGUACUGAAAUUAAAACUUUUUCACUCCGCUUAUCAUUUACUUUUUGUGUAGUUUGUUUCAUAAUAGACUUGGGAAUAAUAUGUAAAUGUUGAUUGUGCGAUUAUACGGCGACGCGUCGACGACUACACGACGAAUUGCCAACGAUUAGUGAGUAUGGAUCACAUCAAGUACAAUGCUAGGUACAUUAAAGUUGUCGUGUCGUAUUCGAGUCGUUGACGCGUCGCCUCUACGCUUUUGCUGAGAAACUGUGAACAUUCGAUCCGCUACCGAUUUUGUUGUACUCAAAACUUUGAGACUAAAAAUACUGCUCUCCCUGUCUUUAAAGAACAUCGUGAGAAGGAUAGCACUAUUAUUUAUUUUCAUCCAAAAUGCUAUUGCAUAUAAGUCUACUCAUAAUCAUAAUAUUCAAAUACUUAAUCGUGUGUAAUGUUUUACUGCGCGCUUUACGCAAACUAUUUGCAUAGCAUGAUGAUUAAUUAUUGUAGUAUUGCGAUCGCCGUAUUGCUUCGAAAGCGUUAUUUUAUAUCGAAGCUCGCAAGCGUAAAAUGACGAACAAAUCUCUAUGAAGACAGAUACAAGAUUUAAAGGUUCGAGUACAACACAAUUAGUCGUGCUGUCGAUUGUUACAAUGUAUUAUGAUGUUAUGCGUAGCAUCGCAAAGCCGCGAUUGGCUGUAAAUAACGUAAUUAAUUUAGGUACAUUUGUAUAUUUUUAAUAGUAGGGACCCGAUUACGCGAACUCGAUCGAUUUUGAUACUUGAACGAGUCCUCCCACGUACCAAUUCGUGAUUUGUAAAAUUGUACUUUCUAAUGGAAUUUUUAUUAUCAAUUAUGACUUAUGAGAUAUUGGAAACAAUGAAUUAGUUAAUAAUUUAAUAUACGUAGCUAUUGUAAUUAGAUAGUUAAUUGAAGGACUGCCAUACAACAGCGUAUAUUAAAAGUAAUGAUAUAAAGGUGUUUUUAUAUUUAAAGAAAAACUUAUUUAUAGUGCAAAUUGACGCCUUUUGUGGUCCCAACUGUGCCUUAGACAACAAUUUAUUCGCAUCAACGAUGUCAGAUUUAACCAACGAUAUAUAAUAGACUCCGAUAAAAGCACCAAGACUAUAUAGUUAACGUAAAUAAACUUAACCCUUAAUGUCAACGUACGUAAAACGUAAGAUUCGUGUGUAUAUUAAUUACGUAAGACUUGAAUUUCUCGUACACUGAAAUCGAUCGUGUACGUCGGCCGCACGGACUAUUCGUACUUUGUUCUACCGACAUACGCGACCGAUAUCAGUUUAAGAGGCAUCCAGGCUUUAAGAAGAUUGUUAGGCACUCGUCAAGGUCCUGAGUCCACUAGACUCGUCGAGUUCGUCGCAUAAUCGCGCUCCUACGCCGAAGGUACAAAAUGCAUAAUCGUUUGUCUACGUUCGAUAGGCGGCCUUAUUUUUCCCGUAUACUAAAUUUAAACUAAAAAGACAGAACUGAAAUAGUGCCAUCCCUUUCGUAAUAUUUCAUGCCGAAAAGGAUGGCAAGAAUUUGACAUGUACAUAAACAGCCGAAUUCACACCACUAUAUACUUAGUAAAAUUAUUAUUCUAUUAAGAUUUUAUCACACGGUAAAAUCUCGUAUUCGAUAAAUUCCAUCGGAAAAACUUAACACAACAUCCGCUACUCGACACGGCAAAAAAUCGUGUGCGUUAUCGUGUACGGGGAAAAUGUGUCGCACGUCUGGACCUGGCCUUAGUCACUGAGGCGAGGUGGGCCUGUCUGUAUAUGUGUUCCGAGAGCGUCGCGGGCCGACUGUACAUAGUCUGUUAUACGGUCGGUGUUGCGCUUCCCCCAAACAUUUGCGAAAAUAUCGAUCGGAAUGACGACCGGUAAUAUCGGCAAUGAUACCGUGAGGUUCGCCUCGAUAUUUCUGUCCGUGAUUUCGUAUAGUUGUUCUAUUUCAAGAAGACCGCUCAGCGUUGUUUGUAGUAGUGAGUGUGCGGAUAAGCGUUAAUGCAUUUGUGUGCGUAACGUAAGCCACGCCGUGGUCGAGACUGAGGGAGAGAUCCAUAGAGCGCACUACAGAGUUAAAACGAGACAGAUGUCUAUCUCUCACAUAUAUCUGUCUCUUUUUAACUCCAAUGUGUACAGUCACACAAACAUAGCUAAAGGGUUUCCAUGAAAUAGAACAUGAAUAUUAUCUGUCUGUAUUGUGGUGUUUGGGAGAGGCCUUAAUUUAUUGAAUCGGUCUCGCGUCGCUCAGCCUUCCACUUACUUAGAUAAUAAAAAUUGUUGAAACGUGUCCACGACCGCUUGGCACUGUAUUGGUCUAGAAGUUGGUGAACGAUUUGGCCAAAGCGUUGGUCCUAAUGUUACAACUAGAUAUCGAGUGCUUUAUCUUGGUCCUGAAAGCUUUAUAGUUGUAAACGCUUUUAUGUAUUUGUAUAAUAUAAAUGCAAAACUAAAAGACGGCGUCCCAAUAAAACGCGAUUAUGUGAUCACUACAUUUUCGUACGAAUUUGGUCCGUAUGAAUAUUAGUUCAUAUGAACAAAAUUCGUGCGAUAUUGAGAUGUGGUAUAAUCGCGUGUUAUUAAGACUGUCUGUAGCUUGAUUUUAACACUAUGCUUGCUUGUGUCAGUCUUGUUGUAGAUAUCUUGAAAAAAGCUGGUUUAAGCCCUGGGAUUUUCCUUCUCGAUAUCUUGUUGGACACUAAUACAAGUUUGUACGAUUUUGGAUCGGUUUAACGCAUUGAAUAAAUCUUUCACCAACUCUCAUGGUCGAAUACUGAAUCAGUUUAAGGGCGCAUUGAUACAUUCUGAUUUUUGACAUUUUCUCUAGGUAUUUAACAAACCGACUGGGAACAUGUCCUACUUAUCUCAAAUUUUUGACGUUUCUACUUCACACUAUUUCGUAUGUCAAUGUCGCAGUUCAAGAAAAUUAUCUAGCUUGGAUUUUUUUGAAAAAGCACGUACGUACACUUAUAAGCGUAUACAAUCACUAUUGAGUCGGUGCAAAGUUUUUCUUGAUCAUGUUCUUGUGCAAAAUGAUAUAAGUAUCAGUUGCCAGCUCACAGUCGAAAUGUCAAAAAAGAGUCAGCGUUCAGAGCUCUUAUAUUGUCUCAGUAUUCGGUCGUCAGUCGUAUAUUGUUAGGCGCUGUCCUAACCGCCAAUCGCCUGCACGAUAAUAGCCGUGUGAUCGCAAGUUCGUACGAUCCGAUCGACGCAUGUUCUUGCUAGCGACUGCUAAUCAGUAGAUUCUCCAUUCUCACCAACCUUAAUAGAAUAUCGAGCGUGGAAACACUCUGACUUUAAAUUAAAAUGAACCUUAAUGAUCUUGUUUUAAAACUCAAGUUCGUAGAUACAUCCACGGCCUUGGAGAAAUAAAAUCGGUGGUACUGAAUUUUUGAUUUUAAAUUGAAAGCAUUUAAGUCCAUUUUACUAUGGUAUUAUUUUUCGACGUUAGAAUUCUACCAACGUUAGUGAGAUUUCAUCUCUCAAUCUCAUGCUAACCAUAUAGUGUGUACAUGUGUAACAUACAGAUUUUACAAUCUCACCAAUUUGAAAGAACUCUAGCACAAUACCGCCAGAGUAAAACAAACUAAAAGUCCUUGACUUAAGGUCUAUAAUUCAGUACCACAUAUUUUGAUUUCGCCACGUUUCCGCUUGGAGCGCUGGCUGUAGAUGUGUGAAUGAACUUAAACUUUAAAACAAGCUACUCAAGGUUCAGUUUUCUUUAACGCUGAUGUGUGUCAACUCUUGAAUUUUAUCAAUAUUUGUGAUACGUGAAAUCUUCUAACCAUACAGGGCAGCGCCUUAGACGUAAGUGUUUAGAUGAUUUGUUUUAAAGAGUAAUCGUUACGUUAGGUCGAUACGACACCGGACGCGAUGCCCCUGUAUGAACUGGGACCAAAAUUUUUGAGUAGUCGCAAAUGAUUCCAUAUCGGUAUAGUUUGUUCUCGUGGUUGAUGUAAAAUAAGAAAUUUAUCACUAAGAGUUCCCUUAAACUACAAACUUUUGAUUGGGCGAUACUUUUGUUGGUUAGCAGCCGAAAUUAUUAAUCAAUCUUAUCUGCAAUCUAUCGAUAAGUUACUUAGCAACGUUGUUAUUUGUCAAAAAGUAUGAUACAAUUUUUGACAAAUAACAACGUUGCUAAGUAACUUAUCGACGGAUUACGGAUAGAUUGAUAGUAAUUUCGGCUGUAAGAGAAAAAUUCAAGUUUCUCAGGCUGGCUAGUUUAGUCUAACAAAACUAUCGGCCUUUCAAGUCUAUGGUUUGAGGGAGCUCUAAAAGUGACCGCUUUCGGGUUGUUGAAUAGAUAGGAAAUUGUUACGUAGUGGAUGUUUACAUGAGCUCAAAUCUUGCGACUUUUUAAUCUUGUAUAGUUUAUACACGGACUAAAGGAAAAAGGUAGAUGGAGUAACCGAUAAAAAUGAAGCGAGACCCUAAAUAGAGCUGAGGCGAGCCAUAACAACCGCACGCGAAGUAUGAACGCAAUGCAUUAUUUACUAUUGCAAAUGUGCAUGAGACUAAUAUUGAUGAUGUAAUGAUGUACCCUUGGAAAUGCUGAAAAAAAUACUGUUUUCUCUUAGAUAUAAAUUCCUCUUAAUAUGCUGAUGUUGGUCACGCAUAUUAUUCUCAUACCAUUUUCAGCGUUUUGAGCGUCACUGACCAACAUACUAUGAGACCGAAUUUAGGUUAUCAUUCGCAUUUCUUUGGCAUGAUGAGUGCAGGAGACAUCAUUCGUAUGAUAUCAGUACUGGUAAAUGUGUUAUCUUGUUUUGAUGCGUGCGGCUAUAGCGGCAAGUUUGCUUUAGCUGUAACUUGCAAUCGGCUUUAGUCGCCGCUUCGCGAUCGGCUUCUUAUAUUUUAGCAUCUAUAUUUUUCCUUUAGUCUCAUUGGUGCAUAUAAGCACACUAGGCCGAUGUUAGUUUCCACUUACUUUUUUAGUUGUGUAUUAUAUUAGUUAUGUUUCGUUCAUCAUGUUUUGUGAAAUGUUUCAUCGUAUAAUAUUCUCUCAACUCAUCUCGAAGAUUUGAAACACCUUGUGAGAGCUGUUGUGAUCCAUAACUCAUUUGUAAAAAUAAAUUAUUGUGAUACAAAACUUA